UCCCGUCACCUCCUGACCCUCCUGCUCUCUGAGCAACCGCGGGUCCCCGCCCCCAACCGGGCCCGGGUGGCGCCUUCCGCGCCCCGCCUCGGGGCCUUUUCGGAGUCCCACACAAUGAGGCCUACUACCCCUCUCCCAGGACUGCUCACGCGGGCCUCGGGAAAGCAGGCUGGAGAAGGUGGAGGUUAGGUGUCUGGAGGAGGGUUGCUGAGCUUCAGGACGCGCCACCGUCGCGGAGAAGUAUCCAGACGCCUGGGCGGGAGCGCCCGGUGUGUGGUCCUUUUAGCAGCCACGAGCCCCAAUUUUUAGGUUUUUUGUUUUUGGUUUUUUGGUUCUUUUUGUUUUCCCUUUAUGAGCCCCAUUUUAUCUUCCAUUUAGAAAGGGAAAGGCGUCCUCCCGUACAUUCUCAGACUACGCUUUUUGACUUUUGGUGUUGAAGUUACCCAAAGGCCUAUGUCUUAACUCUCAAUGGUCGGGAGAAUUACUCUAAUUAAAUUUAGUUGUUUCACUGUGGGAGGAUGGAUGGAGAGAUACUAUCCAGAUUUCAAAGUCACUUUUUAAGUCGUUCGCCAGAAAAGCUGCAAGAGGGGGACUUCAAGAGAGAGCAGUUUAGAAUCAGGCAAAACUGGAUUGCAGAAUUUGUGGGCUGAGCAGUAUGUGCAGAAAAAGUGCUGCUGUGAAGACAUAAUUAUAGCUCUCACACAAAUGAAGCCUAUCAUGAUUUAGUGUCCCCGAAAGGAAGAACUUCAGUGGACAAGAGAGGGCAUUUCUGGCAAUAGUAGAAUGCUUGAGGCCUGAGUUUAAACUUGAGCGACUGCCUGAAGCUAUUAAAUAAUAAAAGAAAAUGGAAUUGAAUAUAUCAGCAUGGAACAGUCUAAUGAUUCAUUAAGAGUCAACCAUAAUGAUUCUGAAGAAUCAAAAACAGAUUCUCAGGUAUUUGAGCAUCUAACCUGUAUGGACUCCAGGGAUCCUUCCUUUGGACAAAAUGGUUCUCCUAGAAUUUUACCCAUCACCUCUCAUGAAGUAGAUAAUUCACUCACAUCAAAGAAUAUACCAGGGACCCUGACUCAGACACAGACUCUUUCUACAGAACAAUUCCAUCUAGUGGACCAAAAUGGGCAGCCUAUUCAAUAUGAACUUCAGUCAUUGGGGGAUUCUAAUGCACAAAUGAUGAUUGUUCCUAGCCCAUCAGAAAAUGGACAGGUGCUGCAUGUAAUUCCAUCUACCCAGACAGGAAUGGCACAAGUAAUUAUUCCUCAGGGGCAGCUUGUGGAUGUAAAUAGCCCUCAGGAUGUCUCUGAAGAGAAACCCGGUGACAGAAACUUACCAACCAUAAGAGUGGAUGUUCUAGCAGACAAUACCAGUAAUUAUACUCUUCAUCCACAAGCAUCCCUCACAUUGCCCAAAAAGACCGUGGCCAGAAUGCUUGAAGAGCCCUUUCUGGCUCCUCUCCAGCCACUUUCUUCUAACACACCUAUGUGGGCUUGCCGUCUUAGGAGCUGUGAGAAAAUUGGAGAUUCUUACCGUGGCUACUGUGUAAGUGAGACUGAAUUAGAAAGUGUCCUAACAUUUCACAAGCAGCAAACUCAGAGUGUUUGGGGGACCCGCCAAUCUCCAAGUCCAGCCAAGCCAGCUACACGCUUGAUGUGGAAAUCUCAAUAUGUUCCAUAUGAUGGAAUCCCAUUUGUCAAUGCAGGGAGUAGAGCUGUGGUAAUGGAGUGUCAGUAUGGGCCAAGGAGAAAAGGUUUCCAGUUUAAAAAAAUCAGUGAACAGGAAAGCAGGUCUUGUCAGCUCUACAAAGCCACUUGUCCAGCCCGGAUUUACAUUAAAAAGGUACAGAAGUUUCCUGAAUAUAGAGUUCCUACAGACCCAAAAAUUGACAAGAAAAUAAUCCGAAUGGAGCAGGAAAAAGCCUUUAACAUGCUAAAGAAGAAUUUGGUAGAUGCUGGUGGUGUUCUUAGAUGGUAUGUACAGUUACCUACAAAGCAAGCUCAUCAGUAUCACGAGUUAGAAACUUCCUGCCUUGCUUUGUCACCUUCCCCUUUUCCUGUGCCUUCUCUUGAAGAAGAGGAAACUGCAAUUAGGGAUGAAAAUUGCGCAUUACCCUCACGUCUACAUCCUCAAGUAGCACAUAAGAUUCAAGAAUUAGUGUCACAAGGAAUAGAACAAGUGUAUGCAGUAAGGAAACAGCUAAGAAAAUUUGUGGAAAGAGAACUAUUUAAACCUGAUGAGGUGCCUGAAAGACAUAACUUAUCCUUUUUUCCAACUGUAAAUGAUAUUAAAAAUCACAUCCAUGAGGUACAGAAAGCCUUGAGAAAUGGAGAUAAUGUGUAUAACUCAGAUAUUAUUCCAGCAACGCUUCAGUGGACUACAGAUAAUGGGCAUAUUCUCAGAGAGACUGUGACAGUUACAUUUGCAGAAGGAAAUUCACCAGGAGAAUCAAUUAGCACCAAAGUGGAAACAAAUCAGACAAGGGGCUCUUUGUCUCCAGAGCCAGCCCACUUGCUCUCUUCACUUUCCUCAUUUCAGCCAAAAGUAUUCACUCAACUGCAGGGUUUGCAGUUGCAACCAAGAUUCACUUCUCCUGAUGGAUCACCGACUCUGAUAUCAGUAAAUAACCACCCUUCCUCCAGUCCUUCAAGACUUCUGGACUCAUUAGAAAGUACUGUAAUGAAUAAUAAUUCUCUACUGCUUGGUCAAAGUCAUAGCCUUCAAACAGAUACAUGCCUGACCCCAAACAAUAGCAUUAUUACCUCUACCAUGGGUAACCUUCCAGGACCAGAUCAAAAUCUAGCUGCAAUGGACCAGCUGGUGCAAGUUGGAGAUGUUGAGGAUACAGAGAAUAUGGAAGGAAGUGUUCAUCGGAUUCUGUUGGGAAAUGUGCAGACCAUCCCAAUACAAAUUAUAGAUAACCACCCAGCUAUUAUUGGAGAAAAUCCAGAAGGUACCGUUUCUGUGAACCAAGUUAAGCAAGAACCCAAAGAACCAGCAUUGUCUAUGGAAGCAAAAAAAAAUUUGGACUGUAAGAAAUUAUCUACUACAUAAAUUAUUGAAGCUUUUCAGGAUUUACAACUUGGGUGACUUAUAAUGUCAUAAAAAAGAAGGUGAAUAUUAUCAAAGCGCAGCAUUGUGAUAAGUGAACUGAAGACCGGUUCAAUGAGCAACUUUGAUUUAAAACCGAUAUGUUUGUUGCCAAGUCCAUAUUUUUGGAACCUAUUUUAUUCCUCUUAUUUUGUAUAAUUCUUAUGCUUUUUGAUUAUCUGAUAAGGCCAGUAUUUCCAAAGAUCAUCUGAAAUUAUCCAUGACAAUAUAGUCUGAACACAAAUAGUUAUCUAAUCCCUUGGAAAUAUCUGAUUUGGGUUCUGGAAAGACAAACAAGAACAACAACAAAAAUAGUGUGUGAGUUUGUGUGUGUGUGAGUGUGUGUAUGUGUGUUGACUUUUUUUUAAAGUUAUAAAAGAAAUUAUUUCCUCUUUAAAGUUGUGAAGAAAUUCAUUAAAUUAGCACAGGGGAGAGAAUAUUUGUAGUCUGUCUCAUUAGGAAAGAUAAAACCAUAGUAGAUUUUACAUCAUAACAUAAAGCUCAGUAUUCACAUCUGUGGAAACUGUAAUUGCAUUUUGGCUUCUUCCAUUAUAAUUUUUAUACUUAUAACUACAAACCAAUAGCAUACUAAUAGUUAUCUAGUAGAAAUUUAAAAUGUCUUGGUAAGUACUUAGAGUUUUAAUUUGAAUUAAUCAGCUAAGCAACAGAAAUAAAUGCAUAUUGCAUGGAUUUAUAUAGUAUUUUAGGUAAAACACUACAUGUGGAUAGAAAACUAUAGAAAUUGAGAGAAUUCAGAAAGAAUAAUAAACUUCCCUGGUGUUGACAGAUAAUUUGAGGAACUUUUUGAUAUCCACAAAAGAUUUUUUUUUCCCUACUUUGUAUUGAAGAUUUAGCUCUGGUUAGAAAAUAAUUUGAGUUGUAUUUAUUUUUCUAUGCCAGAGCUCUUACUGAAUUAGUGGUAUUUUCAAGGUAAGUAUUUGUAGUUUAAAAUUUAGUUCAUAUUUAAAACAACUGAUGUGUUAUAUUUGCUUGCUGAGUAAGUAUAUUUACUUGAAAUACUGAAUAAGUACUAAUCACUGUAUUCAUUAUAAGCUUCUGUUUUCUGGAAGGUUGGUGAACUAGAAAUGUCAAUUAUUAGCUGUCAAGAAAUCAAUUUAAAGUUUUUUUUCACCCCAGGGACCGUUUGUGGGUAUAUUUAGGACUUUAUGUAAAAGUAAUAAGGAUUUCAAAUGGAUAUUAAUAUUUAUAUUCAAAGUAUAUGGAAUGUAAUAUGAAAUUUAACCUUACUCUUUUACAUGACUGAAUCCUUUUUGGCUUUUCUAAAGUCCAGUCUCCCAUUCUUAAUUCACUUUAAUUGUUGCAAGUAUACAACAUGUACCUAAGUAAAGCAUUGUUAAAUUAGACGUGAGUGGAACUCUUAAAAAUCCGUGCUCUUUAGAUUUAUACCCUAUUUAAUAUAAAAUUUAUUAUUUAUACCCCUAUUUAAUACAAAGUGGAUAUUUAGUUACAUAUAUGAUUUUUAAUUAGAAUAGCUUUUCUUUUUCCUAAGAACUGAAAAUAUUUGAUGUCAGCAUUUCAGAGGCAGUCUGCCAAAUCUGAUUAUGUUACUCUAAGUUAAACAUAGCUCUUAGUUACCUCAAACCCAGCUUUCUCGUAGUCUGUGUGUAUGUAAAGGGUAUAAGUCUGAAUUUAUAGUUUUAUUGCAUUUGUAGGUAAUAUUCUUUUAAUUUAUUAUUUCUAAUUUUUAUGGAAACUUUUUUCAGGAUUUUAAAUAAUAUUCACUUUUCAUUAAUGGCAAUAGCUUAUUAUUAAAUAUUUUACCAAUUGAACUAUAUUCCUUUGGAGACAUUCUUUUCUUUUUUGAUGUUGAGUUGCUAAGGAGAAAUGCUUGUUAAGAUACAAACUCCAGUCAGUUACCUGUGAGGAUAAGAGACGUUAGAGAGUUCAGACUUUGACAUUUGAACAAGAACAAAAUAUAGUUUUAAAAUAUUUCUCUCACUUCAUUCUAUGUGAAUGUCUCUUUCUGGUACUGUUUUUUUCACUAGGAGGAGGAAAGUUACAGUGCAUCCUUCCCACAAACAAAAAACAAAAUUAAAAAAGAGCAUGAAGGAAGGUUUAAAUCCCUAAUUGUAUACUCUUUUGGUUUUUAGGUAGAAACUGGAACUAUCAAUAUUUUCAUGUUAUUUUGGAGGUAUUUUAAAGGAGCCAGCAUUUGACGGUCAUGGAGGUCUUAUCAAAAUCUGGUCACCUUGGAAACAGCAUGCUUUUCUGAGGCCCUUUGAGCCUCCUACACAGGGUCUCUCCAAUAACAGUGGUAAGGAAGAUGGGCCAGAAGAACUAUGGGAGACUGGCAAUCUGACCUGUGGGGAGAGAUAAAUCUAUUCAGCAUAAGAGGUAGGCCAUGGCAGCAAUGAAAAUGAGCCCUCAGAGCUCCUGCUGCAGAUGGAGUGAUUAAUAAGUGGCCACAGCUGCUGCUCUGGAUCUAUCAUGGUGCCUGUGCAGAAGCUAUGCUUCUCACAGGCUGCUCUCAGCCAAUGACUGGGCAUGGCAAAGGUACUAAGAUGGUCCCACUUCUGUGAGGAGGACUCUGAUGGGUAACAUGUCUUGAGUUUUCCCCAUUAGCCUUGUAGACUUUACACAAUACUAAUGGGGCCCGUGCAUUGAAAAACUCAAAUUAGACCCCCAAAACCUCAUAAAUAUCUUAUCUUUGUCCUUUCUCCUCAGACACACUGCUAAGAUCUGUCAAAGUAGUAUUCUCCUUACUAUAAUAAGCAAAAAACGUAGCUUUGCUUUAUCAACAGGUUAUUUGGUGGUAUUAUUAGGCAGAUAGCAUUCGACAGAUGAAAAGGAGCCAUCAUUCAGAAAGCAGAGAGAAGAUCUUCACAGAAAUCACUGUGUGGAAGCUUAAACGAGCCUGUGCAGAGAGACCACAUUUAACAGUCCAAUGAAGUUCCAAGUCAACAGGCAGCAUCAACCACAGACAUAUAAGUGAAGAUGUCUUCAGAUUAUUUCAGCCCUCAGCCAUUGAGUCACUCCCAGCCUUUGAGUCUCCCAGCUGAAGCCCCAGACACUGUGGAGUAGAUACUAAUCAUCUCUUCUUUGCUCUACCCAAAUCCCUGGUCCAUAGAGUCUGUGAACACAAUAAAAUUUUUGUUUUAUGCCA